AUGCAGAAAGGAUCGUCCUUCGGAUUGAGGAAAGGUUCGUGGACGGAAGAGGAAGAUGUUCUCUUGAGGAGCAGUGUCCAGAGGUACGGAGAAGGAGAGUGGCAUCGAGUUCCUCAGAGAGCAGGUUUGAAUAGGUGCAGGAAGAGCUGUAGAUUGAGGUGGUUGAACUAUCUGAAGCCCAACAUUAAGAGAGGGAAAUUCCAAGAUGAUGAGGUGGAUAUGAUCAUCAGGCUUCACAAACUUCUCAGGAACAGGUGGUCCCUAAUUGCUGGGACUCCGGGUCGAACUGCGAAUGACGUCAAGAACUAUUGGAAUACCCAUCUACGGAAAUUGAUGACUUGCCAAGGGAAGCCAGAGAACGAGAAACCCCAAGAUUUAGUAAAAGUUGAAGUCAUAAGGCCUCGCCCUCGGACCAUCUCCAAGAACUUCUCUUCCUUGGGGGUCGAAGCCUAUAGGGAGCUGAAUGAGUCCCGAGAGCCGCGCGUCCACGACGUGCCUCCAAACAGAAGCCCCUGGAUCGAUGAUGACUUUCAGCUGCGUUCGGAGACGACGGAGGCAUGGUUGGAUUGUUGGAGCGGACUCUCCUUCGAUGCAGAAAGCAUCUGGGACUGGCCGGUGUGA